UAUUCCAUUCCAGGCUGCCCCAGUAAUUCCAUUCAACAAAUAACCAAUUCUCCAAGAUUUCCCAUAUCCUGUUCUUUUGUUCUUGUUUCUCUUAUUACGUCAAACAUGGCAGCAAUUCCUCCACCAUCUUCAGAAAACUCAUCAUCAUCAGGUUUCCAUGAUUUCUUGCCUGUUAUGGCUAACAAGCUUGGAGGGGAUGGUCUGAUAGGGGAACUGUGCAAUGGGUUCAACCUAUUGAUGGAUAGUGAAAAAGGGGUCAUUACUUUUGAUAGUCUGAAGAAGAAUUCAGCCUUGUUGGGGUUACAGGACUUGACAGAUGAUGAUUUAAGGUCCAUGAUGAAAGAAGGCGAUUUUGAUGGUGAUGGGGCACUUAAUCAGAUGGAGUUUUGUGUGUUAAUGUUCAGGUUGAGCCCUGAUUUGAUGGAAGCAUCUCGCUUUUUGGUUGAAGAAGCUUUCGAACAAGAAUUCAAGGAUUUUCAUUGAUAUUUUGGUCCUUUUGUUUUUCCUUUUUCUUUUCUUGUCUCUUCCAAAUUUGUUGUUAUAAUGAAAUUGUUGAAUAUACAGAUAGAGCAGAAAAAAAGUUGAUCAAUAUGUUAUUCAUUUGCA